GCUGGGGCCGCUGCUGGAGGAUGGGGGCGGCCGGCGGGGCGGGCUGCUGAGCGGAGCGGAGCGGAGCGGAGCCCGGCGUCGGUACCAGCAUCAACACGGCCCCGGCAGCAUGAACAGGAUCGGAGCCGGUUCUAUCGGCGGUGGCGGCAGCGCUGCGUCCGCCGCCGGGCAGUACAGGGUGUGCGGCAAUUGCAGGAAGGUGCCGAGACAGGAAAAAAGAGUCCAAGUCUCUCCACCGUUAACAAGAGGACCAAGUGCCUUUAUACCAGAGAAUGAGGUGAUGCAAGCAAAUGGUUUGGAUGAACGUACUAAUCUUCUUGUGGAGGAAUACUCUACAUCUGGUCGCCUGGACAACAUCACACAGGUCAUGAGUAUCCACACGCAGUACCUGGAGUCUUUCCUCCGCAGCCAGUUCUACAUGCUGCGCAUGGAUGGGCCCCUUCCUUUGCCAUAUAGGCACUACAUUGCUAUAAUGGCCGCUGCCAGACAUCAGUGUUCCUACCUAAUAAAUAUGCACGUUGAUGAGUUUUUGAAGACUGGUGGGAUCGCGGAAUGGUUGAACGGUUUAGAAUACAUUCCCCAAAGGCUGAAAAAUCUGAACGAAAUAAACAAACUCCUUGCACACCGGCCCUGGCUGAUCACGAAAGAGCACAUUCAGAAACUUGUCAAGACUGGGGAAAAUAAUUGGUCUCUUCCUGAACUGGUGCAUGCUGUUGUCCUGUUGGCACAUUAUCAUGCCUUGGCAAGUUUUGUAUUUGGUAGUGGCAUUAAUCCAGAGAGAGAUCCGGAUACAUCUAAUGGAGUCAGACUUAUAGCAGUCAACAACUUCUGUGUCUGUGAUCUUGCCAAUGACAACAACAUAGAAAAUGCAUCCCUCACAAGUAGCAACUUUGGGAUUGCAGAUUCCCUAAGUGAGCUGGAGGCCUUGAUGGAGAGGAUGAAGAGGCUGCAAGAAGAUAAAGAAGAUGAAGAAGCCUCUCAGGAAGAAAUGGACACUCGCUUUGAGAAGGAGAAGAAGGAGAGUCUGCUGGUAAUUAGUGGAGCAUUUGAUGAUGAAAUAGUUUCUACGGAUGUCUCCCGCUACGUUGAAGAUCCUGGGUUUGGGUACAAAGACUUUGCACGGCGAGGAGAAGACCAUCUGCCAACAUUCAGAGCUCAGGAUUAUACUUGGGAAAAUCAUGGCUUUUCCCUUGUAAACAGGCUUUAUUCUGAUAUUGGGCAUCUCCUUGAUGAAAAGUUCCGGAUGGUGUAUAACCUCACCUAUAACACUAUGGCAACACAUGAAGAUGUUGAUACAACUACUUUAAGAAGAGCUUUAUUUAACUAUGUCCACUGUAUGUAUGGAAUCAGGUAUGAUGACUAUGAUUAUGGAGAAGUUAAUCAGCUACUUGAACGCAGCCUGAAGGUUUACAUAAAGACAGUGACCUGCUACCCGGAGAGAACUACCAAGCGCAUGUACGAUAGUUACUGGCGUCAGUUCAAGCACUCGGAGAAGGUUCACGUCAAUCUACUUCUAAUGGAAGCUCGUAUGCAAGCAGAACUUCUGUACGCCCUCCGUGCCAUAACUCGUCACUUAACCUGAAGCAUUCACUGGGAGGGAGUAAAGGAAUUUUUACUGAGUAUGUAAAGACCUUUUGAAAUAGAUACACACCAGAAGCUUGUUUGUGAUGUAGCAUCAGGUUAUUCGAUUCUAUAGUGUCAAAGUUUAGCCGUGUUUCUUGACGGCUGUAAUGUGCAAUGACGUGUUUUAUUUUCUUGAUGCUUAACAUUACUAAUGAUAACAGAAGUAACACUGAGGAGCACUACUCUGCAUUGUUUCCGGUUGGAUUUCUGCACGGUGGUCAGAAUCCUAAAACUCUUUUUAUGAUAUUCAAUUCUAGCGCUUUGUUCUUUAAGCAAGGGAGUGAAGUGCUUAGAGACUUCUUUUCCAAGCAAUCAUUUUUCAGAUUAGUGGAGUCCAGCAGAAGAUCGAUUCUGCCUGUUCUGAGAGCGCACCACCAGCUCAUAACUCUGACAAAGAUGCACGUGCUGUGUUGCAAUGAAUUGCCCACUGGAUUCUUCUGUGUCUCCUGGAGACUGCCUGCCAGUCACUGUCUUACUACAGCAAUUGAAGGUGAUGUGAAAUGUGGAUGCAAACCUUGACCGCGCUUUAAUGUGAAAUUAAUCAUGACAAAUUCUACAGCAUGCUACUGAAGUGCAAAAGUCAUCUGCUUUAUCGUGUCUCUUCCCCAGAGGAGAGCCCUCACAAUAUGCCAUUUCAGCUACACUGUGUUUGAAUCAUGCCUGAUCUUGUUUUACUGACAGCCACCCUCAGUUGUCUUUACAAUGUCCAUGCUCAUCACACGUUGCAGUUUGUUGAGUUGGCACCUAUAAAGCUGAUACAGAGGCUGACCAAAAAUAGGGUUGUGGGGUUCUUGCACUCUCUUCUUUCUCAAUGUUUUAAGUAAGGAAAGUAAAGGAAGGUUAGCGUAUCUGUUCUGUCGUAUUGGAUGUAUAGGAAUUUAUUUCCCAUAACUUCUUCAUAGCAUGAAAUUUUAAUAUUCAGAGCUUAAAAAGUUUCUAUGCAUUAGUGUGAACAAAAGAAAAGUGCAAUAUUAAAAAAAAAGCAAGCUUUUUUCCCUAUCAUGUCACUGCUAAAGUGUCCUUCUUCUAUAGCCAUAAAGAAAUUGUAAAACCAAAUUUCUUUAUUGUCUAAGGCCUAGCAGUUUUGUUUUAGCUUUUGUGGCUUAAGACAACCUGAUACUGAGAUGCCAAAGCAUCCCCAAAACAAAGCAUUCUUCGACAACUGGUAAUAUUGGGGAAGGGAAGAGAUAAGCUGCCAAAAAUGUCACAGUUUUGUGCUGUUUUCUGUUGCUUUUGACUAGUUUUAAGAGCACAAAAUGCUGAUAUUUAUAGCUUUAUUUUGUAUUGCAUUUAAUGAACCAGUGAAGUGCCUAAAGAGAUGCUUAAGCUUACCCAGUGGGAUGUAAGUUGUCACCGCAUAAACUUUUGUCUCUCGGUUUGGACUUUCCAUAGUGCUUUGAGGAGAGUGACCUUUCUUUCCAUUGCAUACACACUGAGCUAACUGGAUAGGUUUACUUUGAAUAUUCCAUGGUAUUUUAGGAGAUCAUACAGGAUUUCUACCUGUUCUUAAAGAAUAGUUCUUGAAAAAUGCUAUUGUUACCAGCACAGUCAUACUUUCCAUUGAGAAAAUCAUGGACCAGUCUGCAUCUGAAGUCGGUUUGAUUCCCUUUUCCUGAGGCUGUGCCGUGACUUCGCAUGUCAGUUCAUCGCUCUGUCCAUCUGCUCCAGGUGGGAAGGCUGAAUGAUUGUACACUUGGCUGCGCUUUCCAGCUGCAGGCCAACAUGCAGAAAGCUUUUGAGGAAGAAAUCAGACAUUUUUCUUGUUUUUCUUUCUGGAAUGUAAUGUUGGCUAUUUAGGCAACUAUCUGAUAGACAGCAUCGGAGUCUCUUCUAGAGACAACACUGGAUGAAACAUCAGAUGUGUUUAUUUUUGUAGCCGACUGCAGAGAUUCCUCAGAAGCGUUAGGACGUGAGGAUGUAUGAACUUAGAUUAACUUUCUUAUUCCUUCCUAUUGUAGUGGCCACACCGAAUGGCUUUUGUGCAUUACGGCAGGUCUUCUGAGAGGCCUUGUCAUGCAAUACUUCUGCUUUCUUUUUUUUUUCAAGUGAUGAGAACUGUACAGUACUACUUUAAAUUCCUUUGCUUUGAAAAGUCAAGUAUUUCUCAAGAAGCACAGCCGAGCUCUGGAAAGGAGGUGAAACUACAUUAGGGUAAGGAAUAUGACCACUUAGUUUCCCUUCAGAUGCGAAGGCCCUUAGCAUAGGUUGGGUUUUGUGUUUGGAAACGUGAGUGCCUUUCCUUCUUUCCUUAUGAGAUCUACUUGCCGACUCAAAUGCCUCCUGAGCAAAGUACACGAGCAGAUUUGAGAUGUAGAAACCAUAAAUGGAUCGCUCCAUAAAACCAGUAGUAAAUCAGUAAUCUUUUCUUUAAGUGCCAUAUCAAGUCACAUAUGGCCUGCGAGACAUUCCACGGUAGGAAAUGUCAAGUCGUUUGCUAUUCCUUUUUUUUUUUUUUUCUCUUAAUAUUAAAAGCAAACUUGAAACUUCUGAAAAUGUUUUCCAUGUGGCAUUUCUUUCCAGUAUUGCAUUUACAGCGUAACAGUUUAUAGCUUAGUUUUUAUACUCAGAUUUAUGAUUUUUAAUAGACGUUUGUUCAGAAUAGAUCUUUAAAGUCGUACAGUUCUACCAUAUGCUUUGGGCUCACACUGUGCCAAAGUUUCACGUGCAAGUGUUCUUGGAUUUUGAAAGCACUCAUGAAUGUGAAUCUUCACGCUUUGAUCAUUGAUAUUAUCCUGAAGAGGACAGUAAUUGUUGGAAGUGCAGAUACUCUCCAUCUGCGUUCUUUUCUUGGAAUUGAUAUUUACCAGCAUUAAUGUUAGUGCAGAGAAUCCCAGCUGUGACCAACUGAAAGUGUUCAGUCUCCUGUCCGUGAAGAGAAAGCUCCUUAGGUACAAAUUAACCAGCUAUGGAAUGUAAGUAGGGAAUACAGCUUUUGAGCUGGGACAGCUUCUUAUCAUUGGAGAAUCGCUGUUAAAUGUGUGCUCUGAUUGAUUAGGGUACGUUAUCACUGAAAUUAAUCCUUUUUUUCUUGGUAAUGAAGAGAAGUGGAAAAGAUACUAAUUGGAGGAAACAUUUGCAUUUCCCAGAAUACUCUGCCUGCAGCUGGACAUCACAAGUGUCAUCAUGCUGGGACAGAGACCAUUUUAAACAGAGGUGGAGUUCGGGAGAUAGCCAUUGAAAGCAGUGCUGAGGUAGCCUGUGGAAAUGUUGGUAAGCUGUAGAUGGAUUUAUUUUUAGUGGUUCAAAAAUCCUUCAUGAAAAUGAAGAGGAUGUACUUUCAGCUUUAAGAACCAGCAGAUUGCCACAUCAGCUCUUCCCGUGUAUUAAAAAAAGUCCUUAAAGCACAGGAAAAUCCGUGAUUAUAAACAACUAUGAAUGUAGGCCUCGGUACAAAUUUAGAACAGAUUAGGGUAGCACAGAAAAGAGCACAUUUGGCUUCUCUCUUACUUGAGUGCGGAAGGUCGCAAUAGCGGAUUCUUCAGUAAUAGUUCUGUUCAUAGCAAGGCUGAGAGAUGCUUUCAUGGGACUGGGGAAGAGCAGCCAGAACUGCAGAGGGAAUUUUAAGCUACUCAGCACUCAGCAAAAUUCUACAAGGUCGGAUUUUUAAAGGUACUUCAUCACCUACAUUCGAUAGAAUACAAGCAGUUUCCAUAGAGAUUAGGGGCAUAAUAUGAUGCAGAUCCAUGUGAUUUGCAGCAAUUGUUAACAAAAUGGCUUUUUGGGGAGGCUUAAAAUAGAGAAAUCUUUCCAAACGAAGUUAAACUGUAAGCUGCUGCUCUUGCAAAACAGGUUUUUGUUUCUCAUGUGUGUUUUCCAUGGACAUCAACGUGCAUUUCAGGCUCAUAUUCCAGAGUUAGGGCUCCCUUUUUGAAGGGCUGGAUUAUUUCACCUCAGCUUGCAGAAAAGAUCAGCUGCCAUUAACAAACGGGGAGCUUGUGCCAAGAGUGUUGGCCAGGUGAAUAUAUUCCAGAUCUUCUUAAGUUCAGCAGAUUCUCUUUCAGAUGCUUUCCUCAGGCGUUCAGGUCCUUCUCCCCUAAAUAAGGGAUGAUGUUGCAGAAAAUGGAAGUGGGGUUGGAUUUAUAGUAAAGGAACUUUCCCAGUACUGAUCUGAAUAGACCUGUUAGAAUUGGGUUCCCAUUAACUCUCAAUCCAAGAGCUGGACAAAAAUGUGUUUUCCCCAUCUGAGCUUUCGAUUUAUUCUUCCUAAUGUAGCCAGCAUGGUAUGGCGGCCUAAAGAGAUGCACCCAGCAGUUUUUUCACCUUUGGAAACUUUAAAUGAAGCUUUUUAUCUGUAGUUGAAAAUUAAUUUGACAUUUCAUACCUACUGCAUGGACCACAGUGGUGGGAGAUGGAAAUAGCGCAGUAACGUGAAGAAACUUGAGGUGUGACUUGAACAGUGUUAAUGUAUUUCUUAGGGCAAAUUUUCUUGCCAUGCCAUGAUGCCGCUGCUCCCUCAGUUCACAUCAGAUCUCUCCUGCUGGCAUUUAAUACUCCUGCUGCUCACCAGGGGCAAAACCUGUUGGUUUUUCAGCCUGCUGCCACCACCCACCUUACGUGCUUCCUAUCAUCCCAACUCGCAGCCCCCGGCAGUCCUGCAGAGACAGCCUUACAGCCAUAACCUUGUAAGACAGCGUAAAACAACGUACAGUUCUUACAUGACCAUUCAUGGCUGAGUUCAGAGGACCUUUCUCCUGUUCAGAAACACUUAAUUCCAGGAUCGGGUUAUUUCUGGGCAGGAAAUCUUAAUCAAGUGUGAAAUAUGAUGCUCAGUACUUGCUUAAAACAUUGAAGUAGUUUUUGUUAGUGUUGCAUUGUGUUCCAUCUGUGGAAUUAGGGGAAUAAUCCAGUGGAUCUGCUGACAAAAUGCCUUCUUUGGCCUAUUAGAGCCUUUGAGCCAGGCAGGCUUCUUACAGGGAGCUGCAAUGGGAAUUUUGAGUUGCUCGUGUGCAGUGUGGAUGUAGGGCAGGCACCAGCAGGGCCCUUCUGAGCUGCUCUCUGUGUUCUCUGUGGUCAGACAGAUGCAGAUGGCCUUCAGAACAAAUGGAUUUGGGUUUGUCAUGUAUUUGAGGAAUAACUCCCAUUGCAAACUUAGAGUAGUUAUAUGAGAUGCAGACACAUUUGGGUGUUGAUCAGAGCUCACGGAAGACAGGAAUCCCAAUUCUGCCCUUGUUCUUUACAGUAGGUAGAGCCAGUAUUUAAGUUGCCAAUGAAUAUACGAAAUGUGGGCAGAAGCUCUUGCUGUAGGAGUCAGAAACUGGCUUUCUCAAGGGGAUGCACUUGGUAUAGCAGGACACGGACGCUUUGGUCAGUUAGAGAAGCCUCGCUGAUGUGUCUAAAAGGUUCGUAUGUGUGUCCAUGUGUAGAGGAGGCAGUAAGAAGUACCUUAUUCCAAGAUUUCCUCAAAGGUGAAACCCUGAGCUGCUCUGGAAAGCUUUUCCCUUUUCUUACUCCAUGGAUGGAAAGGGGAAGGGAACCUUUCUCAUGUGGCUGCAUAAAGCAUGCUCCUCAUCACCACUCCAUGCUCAUGCCAUGCCACCAGAUGCAAACCAGCCUUCCUUUCCGCUUCCCUCCCCAUCCAUUGCCAGGCGAGAGGGGCUGUGAAAGGCUGGAGGCCCCAGAGAAGUUGUGGGUGCCCCAUCCCUGGAGGCAUUCAAGGCCCUGUUGGAUGGGAUCCUGGGCAGCCUGAUCUGGUGGAUGGCAAUGCUGCCCAUGGCGGAGGGAUUGGAACCGGGUGGGCUUUAAGGUCCCCUCCAACCUAAACCAUUCUAUGAUCCUGUUUUCCUAUGAGACACUCCAGCAUCCAGGGCAAAAUAAAGAUGUUCCAAACCACAACGAUUAGGCUGCAUCCCUUGGACUCUGUGAGGAGGCACAGGCACCAAUAUUCCACCACUGUUGAUCGGAACUGGAUAUAAACGGUAGCUUAAAAUAUAUAUAUAUAGGAAUUCUGUAAACUUGAAAUCUCUCAGUUUUACCCUUUCUCCUUUUGCUGGAGAGCUAUAUAAUGAAUGUAUAUGCUUUAUCUUUCUCUCUGACGUAACUGAAAAUCAGACUGCCAACUUCUUGUUUUGUAUUAGCCUCUUUUUCUUUUUCUUUUCUUUUUUUUUUAAAGGAAAAAAAAGAGUUUGUGAGCAAUAUAUGUAGCAUGCUGUGAACGUCUGUUUUGAUCUUUAUAGUUACUCUUUUAAUUCAUCAGUAUUAACACCAGUUCUUUUUUUUUGUGUUUCCCUUGGUACUUUGUAUGCAGUGUAAUCAGAAGCUGUGAUGGGCUCUGCAGUCCCGUGCUUUGUUACUGUAACUCCUUGAUUUCUAUGAAGCACCUGACUGUGGGCCAUUGGCGGGCAGUGCGGCCGUACACCACUGCCACUUUUCAAUCUCUUGUACUAUGUAUAGUUUUAAGUAGAAUAAGCUUUUUAACAGAAUAUUGAUGCGGUUUAUGAUUCACACCGGCUGCGAGCGUCUGGUGAGUGAGAGUCUUUGUAUUUAUAGUUGUUUGGGGGGGAUUGUUUUGUUCUUUUUUGUUUUUGUUUUUGAAUUCAUAAGGUAGCAAACUUGAUGAACAUAGCCACUUUAAACUGCCCGUGCUCAGCAGACCCUGCUGUAGAUGGAAUACCACUGUCGAUGCGGGAGGAGCCUGCAAUGCCCUGCCAUGUUGGGCCAUGGCUGCAUAGCUGCAAUGCUCAGCCCUCCUCACCUCAGCAGGCUGCUCCAUCCCCUCUGCACAGAGCAACCCGAGUGCUGUGGAAGCCUUGCUGGCGAGGAAGGACUGUCAGACAGGCAGACAUGGCCCAGUGCUCGGCCAGCCCGCUAGGCCAAGGUGGGGAGCGUAUCUCCCAGGCCUUCCUGCAGCACAGAGAUGGCCCUCUGGUUUGACGGCCACAAAGGCUGGUUUGCUAAGGGCAGGGAUUGCUCCCCGUUCAAGUGGUUCUCCAGAGACAGCCUUGGUCUGAGCCUCCUGUCAGCAGCACGGUGCGGGGCCAUCCCUGCAGCAGGGCAGCUCCCUGCUGACCGCAGCUCUCCUCUCUGUUCCAAAGCUGCUGCCAGCUCUGCCCUGUCUAGGGACGGAAGAAGAAAGACAAAGCUCUGAUCCUGCUGCUCCGUCCCACCACGUCCCCUGCAGCUCUGCUCUCUGCUGGGCAAUGGGUGGCACAGGGGCACGUCCCCACCUUGUCCCUUGUGCUGCUGCCCACCCUCAGCUCUGGGCAGAGCUUGCAGGGUCUGUGCUGUGGCGGAGGUUUGCCUGCGAGGCAUGGCAGCUGCUAGGAGCGAACUGUGGGUGUCCACAGCGGCUUUUACCAUUCUUGUUUCUGCUUUUGCUGAUUGGUAUCUUUUUCCUUUGGGUUUAUUUUCCUUUAUUUUUGCAGACUGACCCAAUUGGACCAGGGGGGGGAGGUUUUUUUUUUGUGCGUGUGACUUUUUCUUCCAUAGUUUUUAAGUUACCCGACUUGAAUUUACCUGAACAGAUGCAGAAGGAACUCUUUGUUUUUGUGUGUGUGUGUGUGUUGUGUGAGUUAAGAGACAAAAAGAAACCCACGCAUUUUUAAACAAAGGAAUCAUGUAUUAACAUUUUAACAGCGAUUCAUAAAUCUGCACUUUUUAUGAGGUUUUGAAAAGAAAAAAAAAAUCUAUUUAUAGGUACGGAACAAUGGGGUUUGUUUAAAACUGUAUUGCAUUUAUACUGGCUGAAAUUACUUUCAUUGUUAUCAGUAGGAAUUUCAUUGGUUAAAUAAAACUGAUAAAACCUG